CAAAUAAUGAUUAAAAUUAUUAUUUCGUGUAAAAUGACUGAGUAUACCCUCAUUAUCAAUUUGUUUGUUUAUAAAUAUUGCACAGUGAGUUUCGCUUGAGUGUAGCAAGCUUAGAUACAUAGAGAAAGGUAGCAAGACUAGCAAGUAGCAACGAGGUCUCAUAAAUCUACUUAUUAUUAUUACGUAGAAUUGACUCCUAACUUGUCUAUUGCCGUCAUAAAAAUAAAUCCCAUUUGGUAGAAUAUGAAAGCUUCCGUGUUAUGGCAACACUGAAGAAAAGCUCAAAGCGCUUCAGUUUCAGACUUCAGUCAAUAAUCCGAAAGCGACGCGAAUACGAUACAGUUCGUGGGAAAACCAUUAAAUCGUCGCCUCGUUUAUAUAUUUCCAUACAAAAUAACAAUUCUUGCAAUUCCAUUUACAUUUAGUUUACAUUUUAUCUGUUGACUAGUUUUUUUUUUAAAGUGAUAAUGUUCUUUUUUUAAAACAAGGUGUAUUAGUGUUAGUGGUCGUCAAUAAAUCAACCUGUAUUGAUUAGGGUUGUUACCAAAAUCGAGUAGUAGCAAUGGUGACGUCACUAUGCAGCAGUAAAUACCUCUACCUCACGACCUUCGUUGUUCUUUCGUGGAUAUCAGUUGCGGCAAGCAUAGACUGUUUCAAGUGCGUGUCUAUGAACGGCAAGUACCCGCAGUGCGACGACCCCUUCCACAACAACCACUCGUUGAACAUCCUGGAGUCGCCGUGCAUGGGGGGGAGGAAGGGGAGGGAUGGACUCUUCCCUGCCACUUCGUGUAUCAAGAUCGCAGGAGUGUUUGAUGACACCGGCGAGACGAUCACCGUGCGUGGCUGCGGACUCGACUCGGGCACGGCGACCACCGACACGGAGAUCAUACGCAUGUCGCACUGCGGCAGGUUUUAUUACAACGACAGAUACGUCCACGGCUGCCUUCAAAGUUGUAACGACGCAGAUGCCUGCAAUUCUUCCUGCCAAAUAACCUCGAAUGUAGCCUUCAUUUCUAUUUUAACCCUCAUUUCGUUUUCAUCCCUCAUUUCGUUGUCUACCCUCAUACAAAUGCAGAGCUAACAGAGACAGAAUGUUCUCAUCUAAAUAAAUUUUGCUUUGUAAAAACGUAAUAAAAAAGGUAUUAUUUAAUACGUCUAUACCGUAAGUUUUAUAAUUUUUCAUGCCUAGUUAGAUUCGGGAGCGGUUUUAGAGUCCUAUUCUUGAAAGGAAUCCCGCUGCUAAAACAUGAACUAAAAUUGACAGCGCCUUACACAAAUGACAUUAAGACCGCCAAUUACCUGACAUUAGCGCGGCGUCUGGGGGACUUCUUUCAUGAAAAGAACUAUACUAUGACAGUAAGCGGCCAUUUUGCAAUAUUUCAUUGUUUUGGAUACUUGUACCAUAUUAUUUCAAUAUUGAAAUUUCAAAAUCAAUUACCCGCGCUUCAUAUUUGUAAAAUAGUUUAAAAAAGACAAGAAUGGUAAAAAAUAUUUAUGUGUAUUUAGAAUUCUUUUCAUAUUUUCAUGAAUUACUUGGAUUUAUAGCUUGUUAUUAAAAUAUUUUUAAUUUUGCAUAAAUUCGAUCUUGUAUAGAGUUAUAUGCUGCUUGGAAACAUUUUAACUAUUUAAAGAGUUAGGUUAAAAGGGGAUAAAUCACCAAAAGAAAGUAAAAAAUAAAAAAAACUACGCAAUCGACCAUAUUUUGGUCGACACACAGUUGGGGUGAUUUUGACAUCGACCAUAUUUUGGUCGAUUCACAGUGGAGUGACAGCUUAGUUUUUCUUAUUUAUUGUAUAUUUGACUGGCACUGCGACAGCGACGUUGCCGAAGGGUGCGAUUGUAGAAGCUCUGCCAAAGUUGAGGUGUAGGGGCUAGAAGGACAUAGGUGGAAACAACGACUCUAUGGGCAUCUCCUUUGAGACUUGGACCUCGGCUUAGAGGGACGUAGGUUAGGGAACUUACAAAAUGUUAAAACACACAAUGCAAGAAACCUUUGUAACUUUAAUUUUAAGUUUUUACUUUUAUUGCCACCAUUACCUAAUAAUAUUUACGUUUCAAAUGUGCUUAGAAACUAAACAUAAUAGGGAUGAUGACUAGGUUUGAAUAUAUUGAUUUUUAUAAUACAUUCGGGUAAAUAAGGUCAAUGUUAACUAAUUUAUACAUAAAAAGCAAAGAUUGACUGGAUAUUUGCAAAAUAAAUAAGAUUAUAAAAUUUCAAAAUCUAUUAAAAAUCUUUUAUCGUAAGUAGAUGAAAAUUCAUACAGUUUUAGCUUCCUUACAUUAAAUGUGACAUUUUUUAAUAUAUGGACUAUAAACAUAAACGCAGAAAUAACAAAGAUAUUAGUAACUUUGUCUUAACGCCCAUACAAAUCUAACGAUCAUAAGUGCCUACAACGUAUUAGUUCAUGCCAUUUUGUAUGGGGCGUUUUUCAGGGAUCCGCGGCAGCGCCGCAAAUCUGACCCUUUAACUCCCUGUAGCUCCGAAAGUAAUGAUCGCAGAUACCCUGUUACUUUUACAAAAUUGCUUUACUAUUAGCAUACUCUUAAUUUAUAUACAAUUUAAAAAACUGUCAUCAUCCCUAUUGAAAUUAAUUAAAUUUGACUUUUGACAGUUUUGACAAGAAAAAUGGCCGCUAAACUAUACUCAUGGUAACGCCGCAUAUGAUUUAAUGUAAAAUUAAAGUACUUCUGUUUAUAUUGCUAGACCAGCUGUUACAGAUUUGUUCAUGCAACCCGAAACUAUGAUGAAUCCAAUCAGUUAGGUACUCUAGUAGUAUACACAGAAGUUUUUCGCAAAAUAUACGAUAAGGUGUGUACGAGUAAGAUUCGAAUUGUUCCAUUAUCGCAAAUCUUAUCAUAAAGUCUACCAUAUCGUACAUUUAGUUUUAGUUAGAACCUGUAGGUUAGUUAACAACGACCAAAGAUCAUGUUGAUGUUAUAUUUGUUGAGUUUUGUUGCUAUUGUUAUAAUAAUAUUAUACUGGAGUUUCUCGCAGCAAAUAUCUACUCCCUAUUUGAGUCCACUGAUAUCUUUUCUUGCGCCCGUCUCUAGGCCUUAAAUCUGCAUCACGACAUGUCCAUCUCUCGAAACGAAAGAAAGACGAAUUUUGACCAAUAGUGAUGGAACCCAGAAUCUAUAACUUUCUUUGCGUCGGGCCGAAAACUCAGACUAAUUACAUAAGUAUGCCCGACUAGUUUCGAACCCAUACGGGGCCCUUAGUCGUGAGCUGGUUCUUGCAACGCGGCACGAUCCAAACUAUGGAUCAUGCAGCAUAUUAAUUUUAGCGGUGUUUCAUAAUCAAUUAAUAUGAAUAACACUCACGAUAAUUUAAAUUCUAAAAUAAUUACAUAAGGACUAGUAUCGCACCCUAAUUCACGAACAAAAUAGUCUGUAUUUUUUUUGAUGCAGACAGGCUUUGAUUAGGUGUAUAUCUUUUACCAAACUAGAAGUUGUUGACCGUUUUUACACCAUUCAGCUACACAAAAAAGUAUUUUUACGCACGUCUUUACACGACGAAUACGAUUACAACUAAAUCAUCGAUUCUUUAAAAAAAAAAAUAUUUUUUUUACGGCAAAUACUUUGGCAGGGUAACGUCUACCGAGGCAGGUUCUUAUGUAAUUAGUCUGAGGCUCAAAGAGAUGGAACUGAUAUAGUCCCGGUGUCGCUAAUAUUAUUUGUUUUUACUUCUCUUCACUAGAUAUACAGGUUGCUUCGGGUAUUUCUCAUAACUUCUAGAUGUUGACGAAUUCACUUAAAGGAGCCGAACUGCAUAACUAACAUUUUUUUUAACUAAGAAGAACUUUUUGUUUUCAUUCAAAGUAAUUCAAAUAAUUUCGACUCUUUUAUCUACGUAAUUAUACGUACGUUUGGCUACGUCAUUAAUAAAUGAUUCAUAUGAGGAACACAUUUUAAGAUCUAUUUACAAAAGCAAAAAAAAAUCGAUAAUAUUCAUUUUAGAACACAUGUUCCUUAAACAUUUUUAAUUAUAUUAAUUGAUUAUGAAACAAAAAACUCACGUGAUAUUAGGUCGGAGUAUGCCCGACUAGUUUCGAACCCAUACGGGGCCCUUAGUCAUGAGCUGGUUCUUGCAUCGCGGCACGAUCCAAACUGGAUUUAAUUAAUUUUUAAAUUCCAUUUUUAAUUAAUUUUCCAUAAAGAAUAUAACUCUAGAGUUAUAGGAAAUACUGCCGAGCACACUGUAUUUAUUAAGUCGAAUGUCAGACCUGAUGAGACUUAUGUCUACCAAAAUCUAUCACUAGGAAAUUAUUUGCUGAUAUUUCAAAACUAGGUUACUUAUUAGAAAAUAAUGAAUUUUUAUUACAUAUAUACCUACUAUACCAUCACAUAUUUCCCUUAUAAUAUGUAUAUGGAAAAAAUAGCUAUAACAAUUAAAAUUAGUAAAUAAUUUUUCGUCUAAAUAUGCACUAAUAAUAAACCACAUUAUCAAUACUCCAUUGUAUAGGAUUUGUUUAUGAACUGCUUAAAGCAUUUAGGAUUGUUUUGUAAUAUCUUUACUUUAUGGUGUCUUCCACACAAUGAAUACUUUGAUGCAGUACGAUUAUCCGAUCGAAAUUUCGACUUAAGCCAAUGCCAUUGAUUUAAUUAAGGUAUUUCAGUCGAGUACGAACAAUUUUUGGAUUUACCGCCUAAUAAUCGUUCGUACUCGACUAAAAUACUAAAGUAGUCCGAACUAGGCCAUAGCGGAUGCUUAUUUUAGCCGAAUUUGAAAUCAUUUUGAGUGGGUAGAAUUCACCAUGUUACUGAGAAAGCCAUUUAUGUGAAUGACUAAUUAACAAAUCCUUAACGAUCCUGACAACGACAUUAUGACCGACAAUAAUUACUCUUCCCAGGCAACAAAACAAAAUUCUCGUGUGGCCUCCUCCGAAAGGGCUGGACCGAUUUUUAUGAAAGUAUGCUGACCGAUUUUUAAGUAAAGUAUCUGGUAGGUUCUAAGAAGCCAACAUCAAUUUUUAACACCCCUAAAUGAUAAAAGCGGUCCACCCCAUGACUUGUAGGGUAAAUUGGGUAAAACAACAUUUACCGGGUCAGCCAGUAGGAGAUUUAAUUAACCACUGAGCGCAAUUUUUUUUGAUCAAAAAAUAUACGUAAUAUCCAUUCGCUGCCCGCGAGUAUUUUAUCGAAAAGCCCGUCUGCGUUGAAGAAGCCGACAGUCAGGGAAUGCGGUUUUAAUGUACCGUUGUGAGCCAUUUAAAAAAUCUUUAUAUUCCUCUAUCGCGCGGAGCAUGAUACUGUGCUCGCCUAUUGCCCUUAGUUUACUUUAUAUUUUUUUACAUGUCACGUAACGGAUACGAUGGGCGACCGGUCGUCCAUUUAGGAGUCAAGUGGAUAUUUAUAGAUGAUGAAAACCAAAGAUCGUAGAAUAUGGCAAUUUGUCAAUACCAGGUUUUGAUUCAUACAAACAUAAAUAGUACAUCACUAGGAGUUACUGGUUACACUAUUUAUUAAACAGUAUAAAAUAUAAUAAUUUAAACAAUAAUAUAUGGCGGUUCGAAAUAAUUGUUUAUUAUUUUAUACACAUAAUCUUUACAAAAGCAAUUGUAAAUAAUUAUAUUAUAUUAUUGUGCUGAAAAUAUACACGAUUAUGAAAAAAUAAAA